GUGGUGUGAAAGUAAAUUUUGGAAGUUUGUCAAAGUAAAAAAUACUUUUAAAUUGUAUUUUCCUGUACCACAGUAUCCCACAUUUGAAUAAAAAUAUCUCAAAUUUAAGUUUUUCACAGCAGUUAUAAUAAAUUGUGAUUAAAAAUAGAAUAAUUAGAUGAAUUAAUUAUAGGUCACACAAUUAAUUGCACAAAAUUGAUUGAUUUACAAUUAAAAAAAGUGUAAUAAUUACAGUUUUGGCUUUUUUCCAACUGUUAUAUGUCCUUGCAUCCUAAUGUGGAGGUUCAUUUACGAUGGGAUUUAUUUAUUUAUUUUUUAUAUUGGAUGGUUUCUCAUGCGGUUUAUUUGUUUACUUGAAUGAAAACUCCAAACUGUUUCCCGUUCUGCUCUGUGCUUUUGUCCAGGAUUUGUCAGUAGUUUUCACGCUGUCAUACACGUGUUGUCUCAACAAGAUUUGCAUUUUAUCACAUGUACUGUGGUGACAAAAAAAAAAAACCUUUCAGGCAGAUGCCACCGAGUGUCAUCAUGUCAGUGGUGUCAGGCUCGUGCUCCUUUUGACAGCCCCCUUCUUACCAAAUGUGAAUUUCAGAGCAUUUCCUCCUUUCAGUAGGGUUACCGACACAGGUCAUGUGGCUGUGCUAACGGCCGCGUUCAGCCUGGAUACUCAGGAUUUUCCUGAUAUGGAGCAGCUUUUCCUCCGAUAAAUCAUCACUAAAGACAAACAUGGGGGAAGCUGUCGACGUGAAGGCUCUGAGGGCAAAGUUCAGCACCUCGGACACCAGCAGCCGGGACAGCGGAUCACCGAAAUCCCCACGACCUGCGAUUGGAAGAGCCAUCCUACCGUUGAAAGAGCUCGAACUGGCCCUCAAACUACCACUUGCAGGUCAUCCUCCUUCAACAAGCCCUGGCCCGGUGAGGUACCCCAAGCCAGACUUCAUGGCAGCCUCUAUUCCUCAAAGACCAGGUUCCAUACCUCGAAAUCCUCCAGUUUCUCCAAUCAGACCGUACCUUCAGCCAGCAGAACCCAACAAGAUCAAGCAGACGGGGGAGAUGCUGCAGAACUUGAUGCUGAGGCACCAGGGACCUAACUUCGCCCCAAUGCCGUUAGGUCUGACUGCAAGUCUGCCUCAAGGUCCUGGAGUUUCCCCCAACGCAACACCUCUUCCAUCUCGACAGAGGAGUUUAGGGGAGGUGACCCCACUCAGGAGGCCUCUACCGGUGGAGGGGGCUAUGCCUUUAAAACCCAAACGACCUCCAUUUGUCAACCUGGAGCCCUAUCUGAGGUUUAAACGAGUACCUGCCAUCCCACUGCCAAAGAGGAAUGACGCCCCAGAAAGAAAGACAUCCCUGCCAUCCGUUGCCAUUCCUCCUCUGCCUCCGCAAAGAUCCUGCAAGCCCACAAGGCUUCCCUGCCAGGUCGCCUCCAUAGACAUUGAGGAGGAAAAGGACCCCUACGAUGACAUUGGCAGCUUUGAUAAAAACGACAGUGACACCAGUUUACAGUGUGCGGAUGAGGAAGAGGAUGUGUAUGAGUUCAUCGAUGAGGAGAUGGACACAAACAGCUGGAUCGCCGAGGACAAAAAGAAACAAAACUUCAGGCAUCAGGAGCAGGAGAGAAAACCGCCGCUGGGGCAUCACAUGAAAAUGAUCGAGUUAAGGAGAAACUUCCAGCUGCAAGGCGAGAUUGAAGUACUACGUUCAACCAGAGCUCGGCAUGACUGGAGCGGAGGAUCAAAACUGGACCUCAGCGUUCGGCAGGGAGACAUUCUGGAGAUAAUUCGAGCGCCCAACAACCCUGCCGGCAAAUGCCUUGCUCGCACCAUGAACGGAAGCUAUGGAUACAUUAGCAACACAUGUGUGGACAGCGACUUGAAAAAAGCUGAUCCGUUUGGUUUACCUCCACCACCCCCAGACCCAGAAAGCCAAAAUCAAGAUGAUGAUGAUUACGAUGACGUUCAGCCGUUGCCCGACGAGUUCCCGCCACCACCACUACCACCACCACCACUUGAAAUAAGCAUAGAUCCAAAAGUGGAAAAAGAGAUCAGGAAAAAGUUUAAGUUUGAAGGGCCUCUUCAAGUUCAGCACAUCAUGAUGGUGGAUCCAAACUGCAUCAUCAAGAAACCAGGAGCCAAAGAGCUGCUCGUGACUCAGGGGGAAAUCCUGGACGUCAUUGACAGCACCAACAGUAAAAAGUAUUUCUGUCGGAACAAGUUCGGAAAAUACGGUUAUGUCCCAGCAACUUUUCUACUUCCAAUGGAAGGAGACAUUUAUGACGACGUGGAAUAUCUAGACGAGGUCUAUGACAAUGAUGAUCCAAACUCGGGCAACUAAAGGACGUCAAACUAAACAACCACAUUCUUGCACAGAAACCAACUAUCUUUAAACUAAAAAGCUGUGUGAAAACUGAACUUGGGCUGGAAAAAAAUUAGGAAGGAAAUUUGUCAAUCUGGAGACCAGCUCUAAACUUAUUUUUAAUUAAUUUCUUUUGAUUUUUGAGCUUUAAGAUAAAAACUAAAACAGUCUGUAAAUACAAAAACUCAAACUAUUCACAAUUACUGUACAGCUGUGAUAAAAAAAAGUACAUCCUCUUUCACUUCUAAGCUUUUUUCGAUGUCAUGUUAAAAAUGUGUUUGUUUAUUGAAGCAAAAACUCUGAUAAGUUAACUGAAAAAUGUUAAAUUAUAGUCAGCAGUCAGAUGCUGUUUAUAUAGGAUAAUAAAUUAUUGUGGAAUUGGAUUUUUUAAGUAAUAUAAGACAAAAAAUAUUAUUUUUAAAUCAUCAUUGUGACAGGUUUUGGUCAUAAAUGAUCCACUUGGUUCAAACAACUUCAACUUUAGAGCUGAAAUGAACUUUUUAUCACAAACUUAUAAGUCAAACUGAGACCAGAAACAUGCUGUAAAAUGCUGAUGAGAACGGUUCAAUUCACUGUUGAUCAAACUGCAUGUAUAGAAGAUGAAUACACUAUUGAUGCUUUAUUGAAUUUCUGUGUACUCGAGACACAUUAAAUAAAUAAAUAUUGC